AUGGAAGACCUGGAAGUGUCGAAAGCGCUGAUGGCCGCUGCCCUCGGCGAUGGCUUCGGCUUGGACUCGCCGACCUCGCGGACCUCGCGGAAGUCCACGAAGGGGUCGAUGGCGUCGACGGCGCAGUCGGCCCAGUCGGCCUCCGCACAGAACUCGACGAGUCAGUCGCGGCCGUCUGCAUCGGCGCCCUCGUCGCCCGCGCGGGGCAGGGGCUCGGUGCGGGGAUUUCAAGGAGCUGGCAAGCGGGGCUCGACAGCGGUCGGGAAGCUGGCAUCCAAUCCGGAGAAUUGGAUGGCGGAGGCUGAAGAUGCUCUUGCGAAGGUCUUGGGGCCUGGGCAAAACGCCCGGCCAGGCAGCAGAGGGAUGCAAGGAGCCUUGCCUGGCGCUCGCCGGGGCAAGGGAUCUGUGUCGCAGUCCAAGCUCAAUUCGGCUGAGCAGAGCAAAGUUUUGACCAAGAAGCUUCAAAAGAAGCAGGAGGAACUGGCAAAGGUUGCUCAGGACUUGCAAGGAAGGUUUGGAAACCUCACAAAGAAGAAUGCCGCGAUGGACACCGCGGCAGGCUGGGAGGAGAGGAUGCAGAAGCUGGAGGCGGAGGUGAAGAGCUCGGCAAAAAUGAUGGGAUUUUGGCAGAGCCGCUUGGUGGAAUGGCACAGCGAUGUUGAGUCGCGCUGCGGUGAAGAAGUCUUGGAAGAGCUUCAGAAACUGUCUGAGACGCAACCUCCAGAGCGAGAUGUGAAAGAGUUGGAAGAAGCUUUGCUGAGGCGAGCCCGUGAGGAGAAGACGGAAAUGGAGCGCAUUGAGGAGGUGCAGCGCAGCCUCAAGGAGCGGAUCACAACAGUGGUCGAGCAUGGCGAGCUGUCCUUGCACGAUCUGCACAGGGAGAUGUCCAACGUGCUGUCGACCAUGGUCAAUCACCAUGGAGCCGACGAGGACCCUGCGGAUGAGCUGUCCUUCAGAUCUCCCCGGGCACGUGAUCCCCUCUCGGUGCAAGCGAAGCGAGCGCCCGUGAGGAGGCCUGUCAAGACCAGAACGGCGGUGGAGGAGAAGCGCCUCGCCCUGUCGCGCGCCAGAAUGUCUCAGAUCUCGGCUGAGAACUUGCACAUACAGAAGAGGUGGACACUUGCUGGCGCAGUCGCGCCGAAAGCAAAGCCCAAGGCUGAGGGCCAAGAUCUUGGCGCGGAUCUGGUGCCGGAGAAGCCGGUGGACCCUUACAUUACCAGGACCAGGCGGAGCCUGUGGUCCAUGCAGCGGCAGCUCGGGGCGAAGCGCCGGACCAUCGCAGCCCCGGAGAUGGGACUUCUUUGCGCACCCGUCUCAGCAACAUCUCAAGCGAGUCCCGACGACAAGCCCGAGCCGCAGAUGGCGUCUGCGGAGCGGAAGGCGCUGCUGUCGCAGCUGGCUCCCAAGGGCAGGCAGAGGGCCAUGACAAGGUUUGGCCGCUGGUCAGUGGCUGCUACACAAAAGCCCGCUCGCGGCAGCUCGAAGAAGCCCGAGCCGGGCGAGAGGGAGCCCUCGGUGGAUUCCCUGUCGGACGGGCCCAGCACCGACAGCUACGAACUCAGGCGAGAGCGGAGGCCAUCAAAUGCAUCGGUGGACCAUGCUCAGGAUCUGGGCAUUUGGUCGGUGAAGACUCCUGAGCACCGGUCUCUGCUGCUGGUCCGCGGAUGCCGGACGAAGCUCACUCAACGAUUCGGAGGUGUUGACAGAGCAUACAUCAGGUGUGUGCCAGCGCUCUCUGGCAUGACUGCAGAGAUCUUCAGCGACCUCGUCAGCAUGAUGGGCUUCGGCACCAGCGAGGCUUCGGAGAUGUACCAACUACUACUCCGGAACAGGUCUGACAAGAGAAGGCGACCAUCUACAGGCAAGGGGAAGAAUGAGCCCGAGGAAGCACUGGACCGAGCGGAGUUCAAUGAGGUCCUGCGCCGGCUGACACCUGUGAGGAACCUGGUCCAGCUUCGCAGGAGGCUGCGCAGGAGGUAUGGCUUCUGCGAGGCCAUUGUGACGGCUGCCUUCGGGAAACAGCAGGCACUGAGCAAGGAAGGCUUCCGCGACUUUAUGGUGAACAACGGGAUCACCGGCCAUGAGGCCUUUAAGCUCUUUCGGAAGGUGGUGCAGCACAAUGAGACGCCAGGUGAUGAGAUAGAUGCAGGUGCCCAUGAGGAUGGCGAGCACCAGCAGGACGUCUCACGCUCCGCGUUCCUGAGCUGCUUGCUUCAUGCUCAAGGCCUUCAGGCGGCAGAGACGAUGCGUGCGGAACUCGUGGAGUUGAUGACUAGCCGCGGGGGCUCCAAGGGCCUGGCCUCCGAAAGCCGGGGCCGGCGCGCGGGGGCGCUGCUCACCAGCGAGCUGCUCAGCACGCUGCUCCAAGGCGUGGACCGGGCCAUGGAGCUGACGGAGGAGCAUGUGGAGAGCCCGCCGGUGGCGCGGCGGAGUUUGGGGCCCGCGCUGGCAGUGCCGCAGCCGCGGCACAGCAAGGAGCACCAGGAAAAGCAGGAGAAGCAGGAAAAGCAGGAGAAGCAGGAGAAGGAGGAGAAGGAGGAGAAGGAGAAGGAAAAGGAGAAGCCUGAAAAGCAGGACUCCGACAACAUUGUCCGCCAGCUCAGACAGGAUCUAUUUGGCCCUGGUCUGGUGGCUGACCAGGCUGUGCCUGAAGGCGGCACCAGCAAGCACUUCAACCCCACCGCCCUGGGGGGGCGCCGGAACUCCGCGGCCUUCGCGGCGCUGCCCACGGCGCGGCGCCGGUCCGUGGCCGCCGUCGGCCUCGCCGAGCACUCCCCACAGGGCCCCCAGCGCAGGCGCUCGGUGGCGGAGAACGUGAACCCCAGCCUCUCGCUGUUCCUCGCCGGCGCGAACGUGCGUGCGGAGCUGGCGCGAACCACUCCACAGCAUUCGGAGAGUGAAGAGGAGGAGGCACAGCCGGCGUCAUCCAUGCAUCUGCUGCUGCAGGGGAAGCCGGUGGACGCGCAUCGCGCGGCCUCGGAGUCCAGCGGCCUCAGCUCCGGGCCGAGCUCGCGGAGCGCCUCGCGGAGCGCCUCGCGGAGCGCCUCCAGGAGGAGCAGCUUGGCCUCGGCCUGCUCACAGGCCAGCAGGAUGUCCAUGUUGGCCAAGCGUUUGCACGAGGAGACGGAGGUGCAGUACGACAAGGCUUUGAUCAAGGUCUUCAACCAGGUGGUCCUGGGCCCGCGGGUGGACUUCUGGGAGCCCCUGACGCGCCCGGACUUCGUGAAGGCCAUCAAGGUGUUGCGCCGGGUGGACGAGGACAUGGCAAGGUCCAUCUACAAGCUGAGCGGCCGAGAGGACAAGGUGCCCCCGGGCGAGGUGUUGCUGCGCGUGCUGGGCGGCUUUGGAUUCAGGUACCGCAGGCUGCGGGAGGAGCUGGGCGUGCGGGUGGCCAGCAGGCGCUCCUCCCUGCGCUCCUCCCUGCGCUCCUCCCUGGCUUCCGAGGCCUCCAGCUUGGCGAUGCCACAGCCGCCGGAGCCGCCGGUGCUGGCGCCGGCGGUGAAAGUGGCUGAGCCGCUGGGGUUGAGCCUGGGCCUCCCAGCUGAGCCGAGAAAGUCAGCUCGGGCGACCUUGGUGAACGCGGUGAGGAAGGUGGGGCUGACCCGCCACAUGUGGGCCAAGUCCAAGGCGCCAGACUCGAGUGGCGAGCUGGCGGUUGUGGGCCGUGACCGCCGUGACAGCGAGGUUGGCUCUGACGGCGAGGCGCUCCCGUCGGACCUGUUGCCCAAGGCGGACCUCGGGGAGUUGAUGGGCGCCGGCCGGGAGAAGCCAAGCCAAGAGGCGAGCCCUGCGAGCCAGGCAAGCCCAAACCGGCGCCGCCACUCUGAUCUCGCAAGCCCCAGGAAGGCGGCUACACUGAAUUUGCUGCCAAGCUUUGGUGAAGAUUUCAUCGCAGUAAGGAAGCCGGCGCUGCAGCGUCGGCAGUCCAAGAAGCUGGAUGAUUCAGGGAACCUCCGAAUCCAGGGCGAUGAGGAAGGCGAAAGGACUUCCGACUCAGACCGCGCACGUGCCGACUACGGCCGGAGGAAGAGCAUGACCUGUCUGGACCUGGAGGCGGACUUGCCCGAGGAGGAAAGGCAGAUCUUUUCCCCGGCCCGGAAGAUUCUGCAUCGCAAGGCCUCAGAUGUGAGUCCCUUCAGCCCCGACGCCUUCGAUUCCUCGGGUGCCUUGGGCUCCUUUGGUUUGGGCGUGGGCUUCGGAGUCCAAUCCGACUCGGGCAACAACGCCUGGGCCUUUCAGCCGAAUCUCUGGCAGAGCUUCGCCUCGCGAAUGGACGGCAACCCUGCGGAGGCACCGGAGCCCACUGCUGAGGAGGCGGCCGCGCUGGACGCCUUGGCCGCCUCCGAGGCCCGGAACCUGGCGACGCGGCAGACGCUCUUCGACGAGGUGGGCGUCAGCGGCAAGGUGCAGCGGGCCCUGGCGCUGGAGGCGGCGCAGAAGGCGAUGGCCCACCUGUUGAGGACCUGCCAGGGGUCACCAGGGCGGGUCUUCGAGCGCCUGGCGGGGACCUCCGAGCUGAGCUUUGGGCGCUUGAGGGAGGGCCUGGUGAAGCAGGCGGGUCUGAAGCCCUUUGAUGCGGAGCUCGCGGCCGCGCUGAUGCUGGCCGUUGAGGGCGAGCACACCCUGCCGCGGGCGCACUGGGCGCGCGUGGCGCUCUUCGUGGGGCCCGGCGCCUCGCUGCUGGCGCUGGGCGCGCGCCUGGCGCUGCGCUUCGGCUCCGCGCAGCGGGGGCUGGCGGCGCUGGCGCCGGGCUUGCCCGAGGAAUUCUCCAUCGACCAGCUGGAGCCCAUAGCUCUGGCAGCAGGCGUCGGCAGCGGCGACUUGAGCCUGAUCUUCCAGGAGGCCAGCGUGCUAGGCCGCGACAAGCCGGGCUUCCUGAGCCUGCAGAUCUUGGGGAAGGCCUUGGAGAGAGCCCCGGUGCUGCGGGCUUUGGCGCUGCUGCAGCAGAAGAUGGGCGGAACGCUGGUGGAGUGGCUGAGCCUUG